UAACAUCACUACAGAGAAUAAGGUGCGGGCAUGAAUGAAAACUUAUGACACGACUUGGUCUUAGUCUGCAUCAAAACACAUAUCAAAACAUGAAGGAAUGUAAAUAAAAAAAAUUUCUCUCCGUAAUGUGCGGUUGAAAUUUUUUUCCAACUGAAUAAUUCAUUUCGACGAAAAAUAUGGAUACGACGCUGAAUGACCGGCUAAAUGCAUUUCAACAGAUUAGCCAAAGAAAAUUGGUUGAAAUUUUGGAUGCUAUCGCUGGAAAAAAGGAUUUUAUAAUUGAACAAAAAUUGAUGAAAAUACUCGAUUCUUUUAUCGGUGUCAGUGUUUUAAAGAAAUAUGGUGUGGAAAAAAUUUUCAAAUUUGCUCAAGGAUUAAAGCCAAGUCAUAAUCAACGUAUCUAUGCUGUUUCUUGUGAUUUAAUUGGGUGCCAACAUGUGUUUGAUCACAUAAGAUCUGAAAAUACUCAAACAUCUGGUUUAAAUAAUCAUGUGUUAGUAGCUCCAUUUGUUCCUAUCGCAGUAAAAAAUCUUUUGGAAGAGAAUGGAUUAACUGGUUUAGUUACAUUGAGGCCCUUAGCUUGGGAAUUCAUCAAAACAGAUGGAAAUGUUUUAUCAUUAGAAACGCCAUUGUUUACAGAUUUAUAUUACCAUAAAGAUACCAGACUUCUUCCAGCGAUGGCUAAAGCCCUUUGGUCAUUGCGAAUGGUUUUAGGAGCCCCUAAUUUUACAUUCACAAUGGGUAAACAUAGUCAACAAGUUUUGAAAAUGGUAUCUGAUUUACACGAAUCUCUGGGUACUCCAAGUCCAAAAGAUGAGUUUGGAGCUUUAAUAAUAAUGGAUAGAAGUCAAGAUCUUGUUUCAACUCUCUUAACACCAGUUACAUACUUAGGUUUAAUUAGUGAAGUAAUUGACAUAAACUUAGGUAAUGCAACUCUUGGUAAAUCUCAAACAAAAUUAGAUCCUAGUCAAGAUCCAGUGUAUAGCGAAGUAAGAGAUAAACACUUCAGUGAUGCCUUCCCAACUCUGCGUACUAAAGCCAAAUCUCUUAAAACUGAACAAGAAAAUAUGCAAUCAAUGAAACUAUCAGAAAUGAAGCAUUAUGUUCAAACAACACUUCAGAAAACAGCAAAAUUAAAGCAACAACUUGAAUUUCACAUCUCUGCAUGUGAAGCAGCUGUAAAUGCUUUAGCCUCCCAAUUUGAAGAUUUGCAUUCAAUUGAAAAUUCAAUUCUUGAUUGUUCCAAGAGAUCAGAAUGCUUAGAGUAUAUUCUUAAAAACAUAGAUGAUCAUCCAUACAGAAGUUUGAGAUUGUUUUCCUUACUAUCAAUUGCAAGUGAUGGUGUGACAAACAGUGAAAUUUUUCCCAUACAGAAAGCACAUUUACAUGCUCAUAAUUAUUCAAAUAUACCUCUUUUCUAUAAAAUGGAAACAGCUGGUCUUAUCAGCACAAAAUCUGAAAAUGUCCUGAAAAGACUACCUAAUUGGACAAGUAAAUGGGUAGCGAAUGCCAAGCGUUUAAAACUAUUUCCAAACCCAUCAAAACCUUUAGAUUUGAAAGGUCCUACAUGUCCCAGUUAUGUUUUUAGCGGUUCUUAUGUACCUCUCAUUGCUCAAAUUCUAAAUGUUGUAAAUUCUCAAAUAACUGAUCCAAAAAGCUUUGAAGACCUAGCAAAUACAGUUGGAAGUAGCUACGGUGGAAUUCAAGGACCAAUACACCCACAAACAGUGGUGAUUUGUGUCAUAGGUGGAAUAACUUACAGUGAAAUUUCGGCUUGCAGAUUGAUUGAAAAAGCUGCCGGUUUACGAUUAGUUUUAACAUCUGACUGCAUAAUUACGGGGACAAAAAUUAUUGAAAAUUUGCAAAACGCAUGACAAAGUGUUUUUAAAAAUGUUGUUUAUUUUUUAAUAUGAAAAAAAAAUUUUAUACACGUAAUUGAAAUGUUGCUUUUACGAAUAUAUUAUAAAUAAUGUAUAUAAAAUGAUGAUUUUUUGUAAAUGACGAUCGUAUUUAUUUUUUACGAGAUAAAAGCUUUAUCACUGUCAGUCGAUAAAUUCAAAAAUCAAUCCUCCUCUACCGGAGUAAAUUAUUUGUUGCCAUUUUAUUAUCAUUUAAUAAGCUUAAUGCCUGACUAUGCAAGCGGAACAUUCUAAGCGCAUAAUUUUUAUGUGUAUUAAUACAUC